AUCAAACUACCCUUUUUUUUAAUCCCCUCUGAUGAAUUUUUUAUGCUGUGUUUCAACUUUCAAGCAAACUUUCAUCAAAUUCUGCUACUUGGGUUGCUUCUUAAUUUUUAUUUUUAAUUUUUUUUUUUAAAAAAAAAGUAUUUUUCCCCCAAUGUUAAUUACAAUCUUUUUGUUUCUUGUUUUUAACCUAUGGGUUGUAAGAAUUCCCCAAUUUGCUUCUGUGUAUCUUAAGUCUACAUGAUUCUGCUUGAAUCCCAAGCUGUAUUCUUCAAGAAUUUCUUGUGUGAUGGUGAAUGGUGAUCACCAUGUUUUUCUAUCUUGAAAAUAUUAAUUUCUUGAAAUAAAUUGAUGAGGGGGUAUUUCUGUCAAUUUUUUUUCUUGUUUGAUGGGUUAAAGAUAAUCUUGAAGUCUUCUCAGGUUUUGGUUUUGGUUUUGGUUUUCCCUUGUUUAUGGGUUUACAGCUCUUAUGUGGAAAUGCUACCUCAAGUCACUGCAUUUUCAUAAAUAGGUAUUAUUACGGUAUUCGUGAAUCAGAGUAACAAACGAGGAGAUUGAUAAGACGUUUGUUUGUAGUAGCCAUGAAUACGAAAGAGGCUGCCUCGUUCAAAGAUCAAAAGGAAAAGCUCAAUGCUCUUCUUGAGAUUGCUAGUGUAGAGAAACAAUUGUUGACGUCGAUAUAUUCUAAAGGUCUUUUGCAUAAAGAGGUCCGUGAGCUUUACCAUAAGGCCCGUGCUAGCUAUGAGAACAUCGUUUUGAAUGAUUACAAAGUGGUGGGGCUUCAAGAAGUUGAGUUCUCUUUAUGGAAGCUUCACUAUAAGCACAUUGAUGAGUAUCGGAAAUGGAUACGACAAUCGAAUGCGGAGAAAAGGAAAGGUGAAAGUUUAGAGGAGGAUACGAGUUCCCAUCACGAUAUCGAUAAACAUAUGGAAGGGUUCAAGUCGUUUCUAUCUGAAGCUAGUGACUUUUAUCGGGAUUUAGUUAAGAAACUUAGAAGAACGUGUGGACUUCCCGGGGAACUCUUACUGCGAAAGAAGGGCGAUGCCUCCUCGUGCUUGGCGGGACCUACGAAGCUCCCGCAAUGCCAAUAUGCGUGCCAUCGCUUUUUGGUUUGCCUUGGAGAUCUUGCUAGGUAUAGUGAACUUUGUAAGAAACACGAUGCUUGUAAGUGGUCAGCUGCAGCCACGUAUUAUCUCGAAGCAUCGUGGAUAUGGCCCGAUAGUGGAAACCCGCAUAAUCAGCUUGCACUCUUGGCAACGUACGUUGGCGAUCCUUUCCUUGCGUUGUAUCAUUGUGUAAGGAGUUUGGCUGUCAAGGAGCCUUUUCCCGAUGCCUGGAAUAACCUUAUGCUUCUCUUAGAGGAGAACAGGUCAUCUCACUUCCACUCCCUUUCGAGCGAGGCACACCUUGAUUUGCUAAAACCGUCAGAAAAAGCGCUCUUGCGUACUAGAUCCCAAGGAAGUGACGGUUCGUCAAAUGACAAUAAAUUGGAAGGCACUGAAAGUGUUUCCUCGGGGAAAUCUGAUAUAUGGCGCCUGUUUGUCAGAUUGAUAAGUUUCUUUCUAUUAAGAUCCAGUUUAGAGGAUUUUCCCCACACCCUUGCUUCCACGGUUAGACAAUUAGAAGCUAUGAUGGCGUUAGGCGAUGAAGACCUAAAGGCUGCACUUGAAUCGUAUCAGUUUAUGGAUCCAUCGAGAGAGGGCCCUUAUCGUACCCUACAACUCGUUACCAUUUUCAUCUUCAUCAUCCACUGCCUGACCGAGAGCGAUGAAGGGGAGGUGCAGAAAGAGGAUAUCGAGCCCGAGUCUAGCUUGACUAAAUUAGCACUGACUGCUACUUUCAUUUGCGCGGGGCGCAUUGUUGAGCGAUGUGUCAACGGGGGUAAGUUAGAAGAAUGCCUGCUCUUGCCCACUGUGCUGGUGUUCGUUGAAUGGUUAGCGAACACACUUGAAAGAGCAGAAGCUCACGCGGGAGAUGAAAGGGUCACGAGUGCCAUGUCUUACUUUUUUGGUGCCUUUGCUGAUCUUCUGAACCGGGUUGAUCUUAGUUAUAAUGAAGAAGUUGCUCCAGACAACACUGCUCUCUGGGAGGACCACGAGCUGAAGGGGUUCGACCCAAUGGCCCGUGCACACAUGAAGUUGGAUUUCACGGGCCAUCGGGAAUGCAUGGAGAACUUCUGUAGCAGGAAUACAUCUAGGUCUCGACGCAUAUUUCUUGUUGGGACUAAAAUUGCAGGCAGGUCAGGUGAUUUGGUGCGUAAUUGGCUCGUGUAUGAUAAUUUUGAAAAAAGAUUCAGCUCUUUGGUAGCAAAAUCCCGAGACCAGGGUCAUGAACCGCAAGAACUAAUUCAACAGAGUUCUGGAAGCACAAACGAGCAGAGGGAAAAUCGAAAUCAUUCGGGUUUUAUUAACAGCCAGUCCAGUGCUGCAGAGGAGGAAGAAGUGAUUCUCUUUAAGCCCAUCAUCACGAGACAUAACUCAGCUCCUGCUUCUACAUCCCGCCCCUCGAGUGAUCGUGUCUCUGCUGAAGGAACGAAGGAAGAAGGGGCAAGCAGUGAUGAGUCCUUGCGUCGUGCCUCCUCGCUUUUUGUCGGGCAAAGCCAAUCCCAGACUGCAGAUACUUUCAGUUUCCGCCCUGAUACCACUAAUAACCCGAGAUUGAGUAGUCCAUUGAAGCCCCAAGAGCCUGUCUUGAAAGACUCCUCAGCUUACCCUGCUGGACCUCCAUCCCUCAAGGCAUGGGUCAUUGACAAAGAAACUCUCAGUGAAUCCUUCAAUGCCCUUUCGAUUACUGAAACAAAAGAUCCCAUAGUUAGUUCCUCCCAUGUUUCUGCAGCAGCAAUUCUCGAUGCCCCUCCUCCGCCUUAUGCAAGUCCAGUGCCUUCUGCCCCGCUUUUACCCGAAGAUGCCUCGUGGUUCAAGGGCAGCAAGGAAGGCGAUGGCAUUCUCGGGGCAUCACCAAUGAGUGGAUACUCAUACACGAACUGGCAUCCAACUCGGGGACCAUUCAAUUUCGUGAGAGGAGCUCCAAGUUUUCUCGACGGAUACUCGCCACUGCAAGGGAUGAGCUCGUCCGAAUGGCUAUACCAUUACAGAAACAGGCAGAAUUUCGAUCGAGCCAACACUCACUUCUGGCCAUCUCACUUCAAUAAUGUACCACCAUCAACCUACCCCAAUAAUCUGAAUGCACCUAACAUGGCGAGGUACGAUCUUUUAGACCAGUGGGGGAACCCGUUGGCUUCGAGCCCUGCAGCGCUGUAUUUGGAGACCCCCCCGCAGAUGCUUCCCAGUCCUCUCAUCCCGGGCCCUGACGAACACAGAAGAGACAAGCCCAUUUUUGGGUACCAAAGACCGUCCCCUUAUGUCUGUGGCACGGGUUUAGAGCUAAGAUCAGAGCAGCCAGCAUUGCUGCACUAUCUGAAAGAGAGAGAGCUUCAGUUGCAGCCAGAGUAUCAGUUCAGAGGUCCAUCUUUUAUGGGGAACUGAUACAUUGCUCCAUCUUUUAUGGGAUUUUCUCUAACUUUAUAUGCAUCACAUUGCAUGUAUGUAUGUAUGUAAGCAUCAUUACUGGAUUUACUGCAGUUUUUAGUGUGGGGUUUGGGCUACUGUAUGUUUUAAACAGUUGAAAGAUGAAUGCAUUUUAGAAAGUUACUAAGCCAAUGAGAGGUAUA